AUGGCGGCUCCAAGCACAGCGACUACGGGCGGCCCCCCUCACCCGCGCGUCGGGGUCGCAUCCAUCAUCACCAAUGCGCAAGGCCAGGUCGUCUGCGGAAAGAGGUUGAGCAGCCACGGAUCAGGAACAUGGCAGCUGCCGGGCGGCCACCUGGAACACGGGGAGAGCUUCUUCGCGUGCGCGGAGCGGGAGGCGCUGGAGGAGACGGGACUGCGAGUGCGCGGCGUCAAGGUGGUGGCUGUGACGAACGACGUGUUUGGGUCGUUGGGGAAGCAUUACGUUACCGUGUUUGUCGAGUGCGUGAUGGAGGAGGCGGGUGCUCAGCCUGUGGCGAUGGAACCUGACAAGUGCCCAGCUUGGUUCUGGAAGUCGUGGGCCGAGAUGCGGGCGCUGGGAGAAGGAAAAGGGGACGUCGAAGCGGAUGGGCAGAGGGCCGAGCUGUUCUUGCCGUUGGUACAUCUGUUUGAACAACCCUCGGACUUGGACAAGUUGAUGCGAUAG